UCAGAAAAUAAUUGAUUCCCUUAUUAAUAAUUGCUUUGCAUAUGCUUCUUUGAAAUUAUUCCAACUCAGAUAUUUGUUAAAGAUAAUUUGUCAUGCAAUUGUGUCUUUUUUGGGACAUCAAAAUUAUAUGCGGUAUAUAGGGUGGAAAUAGAAAUAAUAUUAAAGUGUCUUACAAUAACACAUUAUUUUUUGUGUGUGAACAAUUCGCUCUGCAGCUCCAGAGGAACCACUGGUCAGGAAACGAUGUUCCACACGGACUCUUUCAUGGCGCGGGCGAGAUGUUUGUUUUCGUUACCAUCAUACUUGUCUUUGUGGCUUACACCAUUUCUAUUAAGUUUGUGUAUUACAGAUAUGGCCAAUUAUGGCCACACUUACGGAAUAAAAUAUCCACCCCUUUAUACACCGUUGGAAACUCAAAUUUUUGUCCGACACACGUGAGGUCCAGCGCGUCCACACGGAAGUCCGAGGACGAGAAGCCGCGGGUGACAGCCAGCGAGACCCGAGCUCUGUUAGUCACUGCACAUCCAGAUGAUGAAUGCAUGUUCUUUGCACCUACAGUCUUAAAACUUGUUGAAUCACACGCAGCUCUUUAUUUGUUAUGUUUGUCGACAGGCAAUUACAACAAUCAAGGACUCCAGCGCAAAAGGGAACUGCUUGACAGCUGUGCAGUUCUAGGAAUCCCAUCUGACCAUGUUACCAUCAUAGAUGACAAAGGCACAGACAGCUCAAGCUGAUGUAUGGGUCACCAGAGGACAUAAACGACCAGGCUGGGAGACUAAAGAGGACAGUCCUCCACCCCCCGAGAACUCUAUAGUGACACAGCCUGAAAACUGUGUCCACGGGGCAGGAUUGUCAAAAUGUGUUGCCACAAUAUCAGUUUGAUGAUGUCAUCUGUGUGGUGUUAUCUCAGUCAUGGUUGAAUUUGCAGUGUUUUCCUGAAUCAUCAGCUCACUCUAAUAACUAUCAGCUAUAUUCCAGAUUUCCAAAAUACUGGCCACCCAAAAAGGUUUCUCGCUACCCACAUAUUCCAUCAUUGCUUAGCUGUGCCAGAGUCUGGCUGAGUUGCAGAUCACUAGCAGUAGUCUUAAAGAAACACAUAACUUGCGGUGACUUUAAGACUCUUACUGUUUUUAAUUUGAUUUCUAUUUUAAAGAAAUGCUGUUCUUUUGAACUUUAUUCUUCAAAGAAUAAUGGAAAGAAAUGUAUCAAAGUUUCCACAAAAAAUAUUAAGGAGCACAACUGUUUUCAAC